AUGGAGGACGAGUCCGGCUGCGCUGGGGUCGAAGAGGAGUGCGAGUCGCUGGAAAUCACCGCUGACCAGGCCGCACUGGUGAACACGCUGUCCAGCAGCGUCCUCGAGUGCGCCGCUGAACAAAGGGCGGCCGAAGCUCACAGGCCGCCGUUGUACAGGACACUGGACGCAUUCAGGGUGAUACCGGCGCCCCUGAAAAAACCUCGCCUACCACUCCACCGCCCUCCUGAUGCUGCAGCAUCUCCCGAAGCCCACGGCGGGACGGCGCUUUCCCGAGACCGACAGGUUCAGCUGCGCCCUGCAGCCGUUGGCGACGGUGGUGGUUCUCGGGUCUGUCUGUGGCUGUGCGCCGCAACGUCCUUCCUGUGCUUCGCCGCCCUGAUCGCUGCAGUGGCCGUUGUGAUCUUCAAGAGCUCGGACGAACUGAGUCGAAGCUUUGGCGAGGUCGGACGCGCCUUCAAGGACGAAAGUGCUGCGGUGCGGGGAGCGGUGCUUGUACCUUCGACAACACGAGACACGGUGUCGUCGAGCAGGAGGGCGCCGAUGAGCGACAGUGCUUCGAUGAACCGAACGGAGUUUGUCUUCCAGGCCGACUGAUCGUAACGAGCCUCGCGUUUCAUAUCUCUGCUGCUGCAGUCAUCAAGCUGCUUGCGGUGCGACGAUAUGCGGUCACCCGGCAUUCUGGGAGUGACACGCGAUAAUUGUGGGCGACAACGACGACGACGAUGACGAACUGUUACACAUUUCUUGAACGUUAAAAUUUCGUACACUUCUGGUACUUCACAAACUUGCGCGGAUCGAUAAUUGUAGUACGAACGUGAAAUAAGCGGCCACCUCGUAUCCAUAUAGAGCGACCAUGGCGAUGAGGUUUAACGUCGCGAUAAUUUUUGUUUUACUUCUCCUUUCGUCAUGUGGCGUCCCGCACAGCACAU